AUGAUUCCAUUUUCUGGUUUUGUUUCCUCGAUUAAAUCAGCUUACAAUAAUAUCAAUCCGACGACACUUACCGGUGCAAUUGAUGUUAUUGUUGUUAAACAAGAAGAUGGAACUCUUCGAUGUACUCCAUUUCAUGUUUGUUUUGGUAAAUUAAGUGUUCUAACAAAUCAACAAAAUAAAGUAUAUAUUACUAUAAAUGGCAGUCCUAUUGAAGAUAUCUGUAUGAUAUUAGGUGAAGCUGGAGAAGCUCUAUUUAUCGAAGAUGAGAAUACGACCCAAUGUGUUUCAUCAAAUCAUCACAUAGAACCAUCCGACAGCAAGAAAUUUCUUGAAUCUAAUACUGCUGUAUUAAACGAUUCUAAUUCUCCAUUAUCAAAUAUUGAUUGUUCCCCUCAAAUCAUUAAUAAACAACUUGAUGAAGAAAAAUCAUAUGAAAACAAUGAGGCAAUAGCAAAAUAUGUUUAUGAACAAACAGCUUCAGACGUUGAUGAACUAAAUUCGAAUAUAUCUAUAUCGACUUGUCUGCAUCAAAAACCGCCAGUGAUAGAUCAUAAUGAACAAAAUGAUAAAUAUUUAAAUGGUGAUGAAAAUCAAGAAGUUGAAAAAAUAUUACCUUCGAAUGAAUAUCAAUCGCGUAGACGUCAACGUACUUCAUCAUCUAUAUCUAUGGAUGAUAAUAUGACAGAUCACAGAAAUGAUGAACAAAGAAAUGCGUCUACAAUGCAUGCACGUCGACUUAGUGUAAAUGAACAUGAUUUACUACAAUUUCAAAUCGAUGAUGAAAAACAAUCAUCAUCGUCUAGAACAUUUGUUAAUGAACAUAGUCAAAAAAACUUAUUGAUUAUUCCACCAAAAAAAUCCGACGAAUUAGAUAAUAGUGAAGAUUAUAGAAGUUGUUUUGAGGAUAGUGUUAAUGAAAAUGAAAAUGAUCGAAGAACUACAAGAAUAUUAUCAGAUCCAAUAUUAAUUGAACAAAAUUCAACAAAAAAACAUACAUUAACAACUACAGAUGAAUCAAAUUUAUUAAUUAAUACAUUUUUAUCUCAAUCAGCACCAAUAACCAUUAAUGAAAAUAAUGUUUCAAUUCAAAAGAAUCAACCAAAUGAUUCAACUUCUUUUUAUUUAAUUGAAAAUUUUUCACCGACAUCAUCAUUUGAAAAUUCUAUAACUCCUGAACCAACUAGUCCAAAAUCGGAUACAGAAUAUGAAUUAAACAAUUCAUCUCAACAAUCAGUAACAGAUAAUCAAACAAGUUCUGGAUGGUUAUGGGGAUGGGGUGAAUUCCCUGAAAAAACACGAAAUAUGUUAAAAUCUUUAUGGGCAACAUCAUCCAAAAAAAAUACAUCUCAACAGGAAAUUCAUCCUGAUAAUAUAAUAAAUGAUAAAUGUGAUGAUCGUUCAUAUUCUUCACCUCAAAUCAAUAUUCAACAAAGUAAACCAAGAAGUCUGAACGAUACUAAUCCAGAAUUAGGAACUGACAAUGUAAUACUACAAUCAUCAGUUCAAGAAUAUCAAACUUCUUGUCUUCUUGAUGAUGUACAACUUUCAUUAUGUGGAAAUGUCGAUAAAUUAUCAUCAAUUACAGAUGAUUUAUUCAAUCAACAUCUGAUUUCAUAUGAAAAAUUUGCUAAUAAUCCAUCUAUCAUCAAUGAUCCAAAUUUAGUUGUACGUAUGGGUGGAAAAUUUCAUAAUUGGAAUGUAGCUUUAGCACUUAUGAUAUCGUUUAUUGUCUAUCGUAAACAAUUACCAUCUGAAAUAGUUGAAAAAUUGCCAAAAAAACAUACGGCACAAAUUCUAUCGCGUACAAUUAGUGGUAUGAGUUUGUGGCCAUUUUCAAGAAAAACUGCUAAUGUAAAAAAUGAAAAUACUCCAUCAUCAUCAGCAGAUACAUUGACUUCAGUCGAUAAAUUCGAAUUCGUAUCAACUAUACAACAAAAUCAAAAUUCUAUUCAAAAAGAUUUUAAUGAUGAUGAAAAGAAAGAUCAUGAAGUAAAAACAAUAAUAGAUAAUAUAGAAAAUGCACAAUCAAAUCGAAUGCAUAAUUCAAAAUUAAAAAAAACUAUGAUUCUUACAUCGGAUCAAUUAAAACUACUUAAUCUUAAAGAUGGUAUAAAUAAAGUUGAAUUUAGUGUUACAACUUCUUUACAAGGUACAACUGUAGUUGAAGCAAAUAUAUUUGUUUUUGAUCAUAAAACAAAAUUUGUUAUAUCCGAUAUUGAUGGUACUAUAACAAUAUCUGAUAUAUUGGGUCAUAUUUUUCCACUAUUUGGCAGAGAUUGGUCACAUGAUGGUAUUGCACAAUUUUUUCAAAGUAUUCAAGAAAAUAAUUAUCAAUUUAUUUAUUUAUCUGCCCGUGCUAUUGGACAAAGUCGAAUAACAAGAAGAUUUUUACGCAAUAUUACACAAUGUGGUUUUGCAUUACCAAUUGGACCAUUACUUAUUUCACCUGAUAGAUUAAUGACUGCAUUCUAUAGAGAAGUUAUUGCAAGAAGGUCUGAAGAUUUUAAAAUUGCUUGUUUAAAAAAUAUUGCAAGUUUAUUUCCAAAUAAAAAUCCAUUUUAUGCUGGUUUUGGUAAUCGAAAGAAUGAUCUAUUGGCAUAUACAACUGUUGGAAUACCAGAGACUCGUAUAUUUACAAUAAAUCCUCGUGGUGAAAUUGUCCGAGAAAAAAUAUCUCAAGUAUUAUCUACUUCAUAUAAAAAUUUGCAUGAAGUAGUUGAUCAAUUAUUUCCUCCAAUAGAUUCAUUCUCUGCAAGUGAAUCUUUUUCAUCAUUUACAUUUUGGCGUGAACGUCCAACAAUAGAUCCAUUAGAAGAUGAAAUGCGUAAACAUUUAGAAGAAAUGAAUGUACGAAAAAAAUUUAAAGGCAAAGGAUCCACAUGA